AUGGCCUCGCUGCUGUGGAUUUUGGCCGCCGCCGCCCUCUCCGUCCUGCCUCCCGUCCAUGCCGGCCCUGCGAGGAUUUUCCCCAUGGACGAAGCCCCCGCGUGGCAGGCCGACUUCCAAAUGACCCUCGAACUAUCGGCCCAGGAGGGCGGAGCCCAGGCCCUCACUUACACGAUAUAUCCGAUGACCAAGAGCGUGGGGCUGAAUGGGAGCGACGUCACCUUAAACGUGAGACACUAUGGCUGGCUUGUGCCGAGCUCCGACAACAUCGCCUAUCUAUCGUGCGAUCCGCCGAACGCGACCAAUGUCCUCAACCUUUUCAUGGACCCCAAUCUACCAGCCGCCAAACAGCCAGCCGCAAUUGUGCUGCACAGCGAGGAGGGGAAUUGCUGCGGUCUCGAGGGCUCAGAUCUGCCGUACACGUCCAUUUUCACCAUGGCAUUCUCCGAGGAGGCUUCUGAAACCAUGAACUAUACGGACACGGCCAGCGGCACUGUCCUGGCCGUCAUCUCGGCCAACACCACGAGCGCAGCGCAGCCUGAAGCACAGAGCGGAAGCAACUCUGCUGUCGCCAUGAGUAUACUCUACAGCAUUACGGGCCUCAUCACGCUGUUGUUUCUUAUCAUCAUUGCGACGGGCGCUCUCAGGGCGCAUCGGUACCCGGAGCGAUACGGUCCGCGGUCUGGCUACGGAGGGCGGCCGAGGCAGAGUCGGGCCAAGGGUAUUGCGCGGGCCGUGCUAGAGACGCUGCCCAUUGUCAAGUUUGGAGACACGACCCCAGCCAAGGCGGAUCCGGCUCUUGAGCUCGAACAUCAGCCGUCUAGGUCGUCCCAUGACCCAGAAACUGGGACGAGGUUAUCGGCUAUACCGGAAGAGACUCAACCGCCGCAGAAGCGCCAAAACGAGGCUGCUCUGGCUGCAGUUACGGAAUCACACUUGAAUGUUACAGCAGCCUCAAGCCCCAGCGCCGACUUGAGCGCAACGAAAAUUGACGAGCAUAUACAAAACGAGAAUCACAGCCAAGAUGAUGAGCAUCUCGGCUGCUCCAUCUGCACCGAGGACUUCACCGUGGGCGAGGACGUCAGGGUCCUGCCGUGCGAUCACAAGUUCCACCCGCCGUGCAUUGAUCCAUGGUUGAUCAAUGUGUCUGGGACUUGCCCCCUGUGCCGACUCGACCUCCGACCACAAGGUCAGGAUGCGUCAGACACUAUGGAGGACUCGGGCCAGUUGGCACCCCCUCUUGCGGGAGAUCUGGCCGAGCCCGAGGCUGGUAGCAAUGGGGGAAGCACUACCCCACCGAGGAGAAGAUCACGACUGCUCGAUCUACACUCGUCACGCUUGCUCGAUCUGCACCGAUUACGGCAUGCAUCGGUGGAGGAGCGCAUCGAGAUUCUCAGACGACACCGGUCACAACAGCAACAAGCAUCGGCUGUCUCAGAGCAGCAACAAUCACCGGGGGACGGCGAUGCCGAUGAACGAAGCCGCAGAGCAAGGCUAGCAGAUCGGCUACGAGACAAAUUCCGCAUCCGCACCCGGACACACUUAUUUUGGGGGGAGGGGUUGAGGGGGAGGGGCGGGAGACGGGAGAGCCCUGUGUAG